GGGGAGGGGUUCGCGCACCUCUGCGCACGCGCGGGGGGCCGCGGCGGUUGGGGAGGGCUCGAGAACUCUCUUCCGGAAGGUUCCGGAGGCUUCUGGAAAAGGCGCUGCUGAGGCGGGGAGUGCCCGACUCUAUAUAAGGAGCAGGCGGGGGGCGGCCGCGCGCCAGUUUGCUCUUCUCUCCUUUUGCUGCCAGGUGAAGGCUUGGGGCUCCUGCUCUCGCCGUCACGAUGCCUGAGGAAACACAGACCCAGGACCAACCCAUGGAGGAGGAGGAAGUGGAGACUUUUGCCUUUCAGGCAGAAAUUGCUCAGUUGAUGUCUCUAAUCAUUAAUACAUUCUAUUCUAAUAAAGAGAUCUUUCUGAGAGAGCUAAUUUCAAAUUCAUCUGAUGCCCUGGACAAAAUCAGAUACGAGAGUCUGACGGAUCCAAGUAAACUAGACUCUGGGAAAGAGCUGAACAUUAGUAUCAUUCCAAACAAAGAUGAUCGCACCCUUACCAUUGUGGAUACUGGUAUCGGAAUGACCAAAGCUGAUUUGAUCAACAAUCUUGGUACAAUUGCAAAGUCUGGAACCAAAGCUUUUAUGGAAGCAUUACAAGCUGGUGCAGAUAUCUCUAUGAUUGGUCAGUUUGGUGUUGGUUUUUAUUCUGCCUAUCUGGUUGCUGAGAAGGUGACUGUGAUCACUAAACAUAAUGAUGAUGAACAAUAUGCCUGGGAGUCUUCAGCAGGAGGGUCUUUCACUGUCAGGACUGAUAUAGGUGAACCUAUGGGUCGUGGAACAAAAGUAAUUCUGCAUCUCAAAGAGGACCAAACUGAGUAUUUGGAAGAAAGAAGGAUAAAGGAAAUUGUGAAGAAACAUUCUCAAUUUAUUGGUUAUCCAAUUACACUUUUUGUGGAAAAAGAAAGGGAUAAAGAAGUCAGUGAUGAUGAAGCAGAGGAAAAAGAAGAGAAACAGGAGAAGGAAAAAGAAGAAAAGGAGUCUGAGGACAAACCAGAGAUAGAAGAUGUUGGUUCUGAUGAAGAAGAAGAAAAAAAAGAUGGUGACAAGAAGAAGAAAAAGAAGAUUAAAGAAAAAUAUAUUGAUCAAGAAGAGCUUAACAAAACAAAGCCAAUUUGGACCAGAAAUCCCGAUGAUAUUACUAAUGAAGAAUAUGGUGAAUUCUACAAGAGCUUGACAAAUGACUGGGAAGAUCAUUUAGCUGUGAAACACUUCUCAGUGGAAGGACAAUUGGAAUUCCGGGCCCUUCUCUUUGUUCCAAGACGUGCCCCCUUUGACCUGUUUGAAAAUAGAAAGAAAAAGAAUAACAUCAAAUUGUAUGUGCGCAGGGUUUUCAUCAUGGAUAAUUGUGAAGAGCUGAUCCCUGAAUAUCUGAAUUUCAUCAGAGGAGUAGUGGACUCUGAAGAUCUUCCUCUAAAUAUUUCACGUGAAAUGCUGCAGCAAAGCAAGAUUCUCAAAGUGAUUAGGAAGAAUUUGGUUAAAAAAUGCUUGGAACUCUUCACUGAAUUGGCAGAAGAUAAAGAGAAUUACAAAAAGUUUUAUGAGCAGUUUUCUAAAAACAUUAAGCUUGGAAUACAUGAAGACUCCCAGAACCGAAAGAAACUUUCAGAAUUGUUGAGAUACUAUACUUCUGCUUCUGGGGAUGAGAUGGUUUCUCUUAAGGACUAUUGCAUGAGGAUGAAGGAAAAUCAGAAACAUAUUUAUUAUAUUACUGGUGAAACUAAGGACCAAGUGGCUAAUUCAGCUUUUGUUGAACGUCUUAGGAAGCAUGGUUUAGAAGUAAUAUAUAUGAUUGAACCUAUUGAUGAGUAUUGUGUGCAACAGCUAAAGGAAUUUGAGGGCAAGACUUUAGUGUCUGUAACCAAAGAGGGUUUGGAACUCCCAGAAGAUGAAGAUGAAAAAAAGAAGCAGGAGGAAAAAAAGGCAAAGUUUGAAAAUCUUUGCAAAAUUAUGAAAGAUAUCCUGGAAAAGAAAGUUGAAAAGGUUGUAGUAUCAAACCGAUUGGUUACUUCCCCGUGCUGCAUUGUCACAAGCACAUAUGGCUGGACAGCAAACAUGGAAAGAAUAAUGAAGGCUCAGGCACUAAGAGAUAACUCAACAAUGGGUUACAUGGCAGCAAAGAAACACUUGGAGAUAAACCCUGACCAUUCCAUUAUUGAAACCCUACGGCAAAAGGCAGAGGCUGACAAGAAUGAUAAAUCAGUGAAAGAUCUGGUCAUCUUACUGUAUGAAACUGCGCUGCUGUCUUCUGGGUUCAGUUUGGAAGAUCCCCAGACACACGCCAAUCGAAUCUAUAGGAUGAUCAAACUUGGUCUUGGAAUUGAUGAAGAUGAUUCAACUACUGAAGAAACCAAUGCAGCUAUAACUGAGGAAAUGCCACCUCUUGAAGGAGAUGAUGAUACAUCACGCAUGGAAGAAGUGGAUUAAAAGCAUUCCAAUACACGAAACUAGCAUGUUUCCUAGACUAGUCUGAAUAAGUUAUUUUGUAUAAGGUGUUGAGAAAAUACUUGAUGUCUUCAUUCCCUCUGAUGUAUAUUUUCAGAUAUGUUCUCUUUAUUUUUGUUAAAUCACUUUUUAAAAAAUGUAUGGCAUGUUCAUGCUAUUUAAGGGGAAAUUUAGGUUUCUUUUCCCUUCUAAGUAUAAUCAAUACUGUGAUACCUUAGACAUACAAGCAAGAACUAGUAAUCAUUGUAGUUUACUUUGGUUUUAUUUUAGGGAGGGAGAAAACAAUACCCUUAAUAUAUGUCCAAAUAUUAUAAUCUAAUGUUAACUAACACUCUUGUGGUCUGAUAACAGUAUGUAGCUAUCAGAAAGCCGAAUAAUGGAAUUACUCCUUGGUCUCUAAAAUACACUGUUUUUGAGGUAUCUUUAAAAUGUUUAUAAAAUUGUCUUUCUUUUAUAUACUUACAAGAAUUGAGUUGCAUUCUAUUCCAUCCAUUUUUGCAUGUAUGAACCCUGAAGUCUAGGAAAAUAAAGUGUUAACACCAAGAAACUGUGGGAGUAACCUUAGUUUUCCAGAGUUAGAGUUUUGAUUAUAUUUGUAUUAUAUUUAAUUUUUAAGCUGAACAAAUAUGCAUAUCACAUUUUAAAAAUUCAUUGGCAAAAAUGAGGAUACAUUUGUGAGGUAAAGAAAGUAGUCAAGAUUUGUUCUAUUGAGAGAUUGGAGUGAAUUAAGGCUUUAAGCCUUUUGAUUUGGAGUGUUCUGGUUAUUCCAAGCUCAUAAUAAGAGUUCACACAAAAUCUAUAACUAGUUAAAUCCUCCUCCCAAAAAUCCUCCAAUUUAUUUUGGUGUUACUUUUUGAUAAGUAUUGAAAUUUAACACAUUUGUUAAGUUUGACUUCAGCUUAUUUUUGUAGUCUUAGUGAUGCUGUGUAUCAUCACACAAGUUAGAGAACAAUUAACAGUGCAGAAAGAAGGUAUUUUAUUUACUCUAAAUGGAAAUGGAUUAUAAGAAAUAUAGUUCAAGACAUGGAAGAAAUGAAAUUGUUAGGGUUUCAUUGAAUCUUCUAAUGACUUUAGGUUUAUUUUUAACACCAACACUAAGUAAGUAAAUUAGAAGCAAAGUUAAUUGCUACAAUCUAGGGUUUGCCUCUAGCUGUCUGAGGGACUAAAGUUAAAUUUGGUAUUUUGUAGUAACAUUCAGUCUAUUGGUAAUGCUGGUUUUUUUUUUUGUUUUUUGUUUUUUUUUUUUUUUAAAGCACAACACCGGUAUACUUAAAGAUUUGUAUCUGAAGCCAUGAGUUAGUGUUUAAGGUGGUUUUGUUUUUUUUUUCCCCCCCAAAUAGCAAUGAGUGCUUAUACCUUUUGUAGAGCUAGCUAGUCUGAUGGUUUAUAAGCAUCAGUUGGAACUGGUGCUUUUAUCCUCUGUACAGAGAAUACAGAUGCAGAAGUGCAGUAUGAUUCUGUUUUGGGCACUUCCUCUACAGUGGAACCUGGACAGCAUAAAUGGCAUUAAACUUGAAAACAAAUGCAUGUCUGUGACUUCUAAAUUUGCUUAAAAAAAAUUAAACUCAAAAUAAUUAUAAAAUUAGGUUCAUUGCUAAAUUAAAUCCUUUCUUUGCUGAGAUUAUAUAGCCUAUGGUGAAUAACAUUGGCUUGGUGUCCAAUAUGAACCUUGAUUAAGAAAUUUAUAAAUACAAUUUCAAUUAAA